UUCACUGAAUACAAAAAAUACAACGAAUACAACAAACUUGAGUGUGAAUGCAACGCAUGGCGUAAAACAAAAAACAAUUCGACACUUUUAAAGAACGCAACAAAUACAAAUCAGACGACAAAUACAACAACUUUGAAUCAAAAAGUCGAUACGGACGGGAUACCGAUCCCACAACCAAUCAACUAUAAUUUAACUCGUGAAAUGAAAGCGAAUGCAGUGAAGCCGGUGUUUUCUUUUAGAACAAUAGAGAAUGCCAAAAAGAAUGUGAAAAAGGCGGUUCAAGCACAAAAGAAGGAAAUGAAGAAAGUUGCAAUCAAAGUGAAUUCAAAUGGCACACCAAACAAAACAAAGAGUUUGAAGAAACACGUGAAAAGCAUUACAAAGACGACACACAAAAUCAUCCAUGGAGUGGAAAAGAUGACUGAUAACAAUAUCAAAACGAUCUUUGGAGUAAAGAGAACUAACAAGGAGUUGAUGGCUCAAAAAAUCCUCCACCAGAAGUUGCAAGUCCAAAAGUCGAAUGGCGUCAUUGGUAAUGCACAAAAAGAGGCAGAAAAGCAAGCAACUUUUGCUAUCAAACGAGCGAAAAAUCAAAACAUCAAACAAAUUCAAAAGGCCGGGAAAAAGGCCGAAAAGAAGGCCGAAAUCAAAGCACACCUCCUUGGUCUCAAUGAGCAACAGAAAGUUAAAUUGAUCACUAAGGAAAAGCAAAAGGCCAUCGGUAAAGCAGAAAAGAUCGCACUCAAGAACGUCAAGAAAGUCGUAAAAGAAGAAAAUCAAAAGGCUCAAAACAUCGUGGGGAAAACCUCAAUGAAAGAACUCAAAAAAAUCGACAAAAUCUCAAAAAGCAGCAAAUGA